GCUUUUGUUCUGCUUUUAUAGAUUUCUGCCUAUUGAUACUAUUGAGUAAGAUGUGGGAGGUACUUAACUGCACACAGUUGCUGCAGACCUAAUAGUUGGCAGCAUAGAAAGAAGUACAAAAGAAUUCUGAUUCUAGGCAUCUUCACUUGGAACAGUUCUUUGUAAAAUGAACUUAGUGUGUUCUGUGAGCUUCAUUGACAUACUAUCUGACGUUUUUUGGCGUUUGUGGUUAAUGGGAUGGUUGCUGCACAAACUACACAACAGAUGUGAACCACUGUUUGAAAGGAUUGUAUUGAUAGUAUUCAGCCAGUCUACUAUAGUCAUGAUUUUUUGUUUUGUUUUGUUAUUCUUUAAAUGACAAUGAAUCAAAUAAGGAAUUUAAGUUCAAGGAGGCUGCUCUAGAAGUUUGCAUUAGCUUUUAAUGUUUAUACAAGUGAACUUAGUAGCAGAGGUUGACAGAAGUGGAAGUCCUUUUCAUAGCAAGCUGCCCACAGAUUCAAAAUGGACAGUGUAGAAGAACCUCAGAAAAAAGUCUUUAAGGCUCGAAAAACAAUGAGAGUAAGUGAUCGUCAACAACUUGAGACAGUGUAUAAGGUUAAAGAAGAGCUGUUGAAAACUGAUGUCAAGCUGUUAAAUGGCAACCAUGAAAAUGGAGAUUUGGACCCAUCCUCACCCUUGGGAAAUACAGAUUAUAUUAAAGAAAAGGAAGAAGUGAAUGGCAUUGAAGAGCCUUGUUUUGAUCCUGAGAAAUCAGAAAAGGAUGAAUCACCUGGUACCUUAAAUGUUAAUGUAAAAAACAAGCAAGAUGAUGAUUUAAGUAUUGAACCUUUGUCUCCUAAUAAUAUAACUCCUCAAUUAGCCCCCAAACUGACUGCUGAAACAGCUUCUGGAGAUUCAGUCUCCAUUGAUCUGGCUGUUGGAGAUUCAGUCUCUGGAGAUUCAGCCUCUGGGGAACUGGCCUCUGAAGUGUUAACCUCUGGUGAUCACUCCUCUGGUGAUCCUGUCUCUAGUGAUCCUAUCUCUUAUGAUCCUGUAUCAUGUGAACCAGUAUCUGGUGAAACAAUUGAACCAGUUUCUGGUGAAACAAAUGAACCAGUUUCUGGUGAACCCAUCUCUGAUGAACCAGUCUCUGGUGAAUCAUUCCCUAAUGAAUCUGUCCCUAGUGAACCUAUCUCUGGUGAACCAGUGUCCACUGAUCAAACUUCUGGUGAUUCAGCCUCUGGUGAUGUGGUCUCUGGAGUACCUUCCUCUGAUGAUCCAGCUUCUCAUAAUCUAGCGUCUGGUGAUCUGGCCUCUAGUGAUCUGGUUUCUAAUAAGCCAACUUCUGAUGAACCAGCUUCUGAGUCAGCCUUAGAGUCCAUCUUUGAAUCAAGCUCUGUACCAAUUUGUGAGCCAGUUCCUGAAACGGACAAUACAGAGCCUAGUAGCAAUAAAGAUGAUGAUUUUAUUGAAGGAAAAGGAAGUGAUGAAGAGGUAGAACAAGUUUUCUCAUUUGAUGAGAAAAGUAAAGCUACUAGUAAUAUUGAUUCUGAUGAAGAAACAUUAGAUGCAGAUGAUACAAUUAUUUGUUCAGAUCUACCUCCUGAAAAUGAGAAAAAGAUAGAGGAAGAUGCUACCACAGAACCUGCUCUUGGAGAGGAAGCUAUAUCUAGCAGUAUGGAAAUUGACCAAAGUGAAAAGAAUGAAGAUGAAAAUUCUACAGAUCUUACAGAAACUGCUAGUGAAAAUGUUAUAAAAGAUGAAAAAAAUGAGAGUAUCUUAGAAAAUACAGACUCUAUGGAGACAGAUGAAAUCAUUCCUAUUUUGGAAAAGCUUGCACCUGCUGAAGAUGAACUCACUUGCUUUUCUAAAACGUCUCUCCUUCCAAUUGAUGAGAAUAAUCCAGAUUUGGAAGAAAAGAUGGAAAGUUCUUUUGGUUCACCAUCUAAACAAGAAAGUAGUGAGAGUUUGCCAAAAGAAGCAUUUUUGGUUCUGUCUGAUGAAGAGGAUAUUUCAGGAGAAAAAGAUGAGUCUGAAGUUAAAUCACAGGUUUGCUCUCCAGCAGAAGAAGAUAGUAAUGAAAAGAACAGCAAACCUGAGAAAGAAGAACAAGUUGUACAUGAAGAUGAAAGGCCUUCUGAGAAAAGUGAAUUUUCCAGAAGAAAACGUUCUAAGUCAGAAGACAUGGACAAUGUGCAGUCCAAACGACGUCGAUAUAUGGAAGAAGAAUAUGAGGCAGAAUUUCAAGUAAAAAUUACAGCCAAAGGAGAUAUAAAUCAGAAGCUACAAAAGGUUGUACAGUGGUUGCUGGAAGAAAAAUUAUGUGCACUUCAGUGUGCUGUUUUUGAUAAGACUUUGGCAGAAUUGAAAACUCGAGUGGAAAAAAUUGAUUGUAACAAAAGGCAUAAAACGGUUCUUACUGAACUGCAGGCCAAGAUAGCCAGGUUAACUAAACGCUUUGGAGCAGCCAAAGAAGAUCUUAAGAAAAGACAGGAAACUCCACCAAACCCACCUGUGUCACCAGUAAAGUCUACAGUUGAAGUCAACAGCAAUAACAAUGUGUCCUACAGAAAUGCAGGCACAGUGAGACAGAUGCUGGAGUCCAAAAGAAAUGUAAGCGAGUGUGCACCACCAUCCUUUCAAACCCCUGUGAAUACAGUAUCUUCAACCAAUAUUGUCACUCCUCCAGCGAUUGUUAGUAGUCAGCCUAAAAUGCAGACUCCAGUGACUUCAGGUUCUCUGACAGCAACAUCAGUUCUUCCUGCACCCAACACAGCUACUGUAGUUGCUACCACUCAGGUGCCUAGUGGAAACCCUCAACCUACAAUUUCUUUACAGUCCUUACCAGUGAUUUUGCACGUACCUGUUGCAGUAUCCUCUCAGCCUCAGCUCUUACAGAGUCACCCAGGAACUUUAGUGACCAAUCAACCAUCUGGCAACGUGGAAUUCAUUUCUGUACAAAGCCCACCUACAGUCAGUGGUCUUACCAAAAAUCAAGUAUCCUUGCCAUCCUUGCCAAAUCCCACUAAACCAAACAACGUUCCUUCUGUGCCCGCUCCUAGUAUUCAAAGGAACUCUCCUGCCAGUGCUGCACCUUUAGGAACAACACUUGCUGUAAAGGCAGUUCCUACAGCACACUCUAUUGUGCAAGCCACAAGGACUUCUUUACCUACAGUAGGCCCAUCAGGACUGUAUACUCCAAGUAGUCGAGGUCCUAUACAGAUGAAAAUACCAAUAUCGGCUUUUAGUACUUCGUCUCCUGCAGAACAGAGCAGCAGUACCACCCCAAGAAUUGAAAACCAGACCAGCAAAACAGUAGAUACUUCUGUUAAUAAGAAAGCCGCUGAUAGUACAUCACAGAGUGGAAAAACUACAGGCAGUGAUUCAGGUGGUGUCAUUGACCUCACAAUGGAUGAUGAAGAAAAUGGAGCUUCACAAGAUCCUAAAAAGCAAAACCAUACACCUGUAUCCACCAUGAGUUCUUCUCAGCCUUUAUCUCGACCGCUGCAGCCCAUCCAGCCAGCACCACCUCUUCAGCCAUCAGGGGUGCCAACAAGUGGGCCAUCUCAGACAACCAUACACUUAUUACCUACAGCUCCCACCACAGUGAAUGUAACACAUCGCCCAGUAACUCAGGUGACCACAAGACUCCCUGUACCAAGAGCUCCUGCAAAUCACCAAGUGGUUUAUACAACUCUCCCAGCACCACCAGCCCAGGCUCCCCUGCGAGGAGGAGCUGUUAUGCAGGCUCCUGCUGUUCGGCAGGUCAAUCCCCCAAAUAGUGUCACAGUCCGAGUGCCUCAAACAGCUACAUACGUUGUAAAUAAUGGACUAACCCUGGGAUCAGCAGGACCUCAGCUCACCGUGCAUCACCGACCACCACAAGUGCAUACCGAGCCCCCACGCCCUGUGCACCCAGCACCCUUACCAGAAGCCCCUCAACCACAGCGUCUGCCCCCCGAAGCCGCCAGCACAUCUUUGCCUCAGAAGCCACACUUGAAAUUAGCAAGGGUUCAGAGUCAAAAUGGCAUUGUACUGUCUUGGAGUGUUCUGGAGGUGGACCGAAGCUGUGCCACUGUUGACAGCUACCAUCUCUAUGCUUACCAUGAGGAACCCAGUGCCACUGUACCCUCACAAUGGAAAAAGAUUGGCGAGGUAAAGGCACUCCCCUUACCCAUGGCAUGCACUCUCACUCAGUUUGUAUCUGGCAGCAAAUACUACUUUGCUGUACGAGCCAAGGAUAUUUAUGGACGUUUUGGACCUUUCUGUGACCCUCAGUCAACAGAUGUGAUCUCCUCAUCCCAGAGCAGUUAAACCUUGGAGCCUUUAUCUCUUCCUAUCUCAGAAGUUCCACCUUUUGGUCUUGUUUUAAUCUUGUGCAUGAUACUCAUUGUAAAAUCCACAUUGUGCAAGAUUUUCUUGGACUGAUAUGUAUAUACACUACAUUUGUUUAUAAUCAGAAGUAAAAUAAACUCUGUCCAUAAAGCAAGAAUCUUUUCCUGGAAAAUUCAAGCUUCAAGGUUUUGAAAUGUAAAUGUGCACCUUGCUUUAGUUUUAAGAUUGGGGAAUAUAUGUGGGUGUUUGUGUGUGUGUGUGUUUCCCUAUUUAUAUGUUUAUUGCAGUGGAAUCUCCCAUUUUUAUUCUCUAAUUUACCUCUCCUCUAGUAUGAAAUCAGAGGAUUUGAGGUAUGUAACUGGCAUGAUUCUGCUUUGAGGGAUCUGUAUAUCAUAGUCAAAUGAUUUAAACUGAAUCUAAACAAAACCCAAAGAAAACAAAGCAAAAAUAUUAGUUUUAAUAGAUGAUUCUGAACACAGGAAAGGAUGUUUAUUUUCUCUUUUGUCUCUUCUAGAUUAGGUGAAAAGAUCUGCAGUCCCCCUUACCUUCACAUAUCUGGCUUUUACAUUUAUUUUGUGCCUUAAUGAUUAACUACAGAAUCAGCAGGGCCAUUUGCCCAUUGUUGUUUACUCUCUCCUUUCACCUUCAUUUCUUCUUCAUUUCCACCAUAUUUAGUGUACUCCCCUCAAACCAAGGCAUGAAUAUAUAUAUUACACGGAGGGAUAUAUAUAUCACUCCAUGUAGUUCUAAAAUUCUGACUUGCUAUUUUUUUCAAGACUGUAAAUCUCUUUUUGGGUCACUAUUUUGAAUUAAAUAUAUAUAAAGUACAUUAAGAGAAGACCUACUGUAUAAUUUUUUCCCUUCAUACAUAUUUUAUUAUCUAUGCUGCACACUUUCAGAGAUUAAGCAGUUCUAGUUCCCUUUAUGACCUAAAGGAUUCUUUCAAAUCAGAGUAGUUGGAUUCAUAAAACAAUAGUAUCUAAGCUUCAUUUCCUUCUCAUUCUUCCUGUUUUAACUUUGUUUUGAUGUUUUACUUGAAUUGAAUACUCUUUGGGUUCAUAUUAUAUACCAAUCAGAUAUAUAUCUCUGUUCCUCUGAGUACUACCUGAUUUUAACUUAGAGGUCUUGGAUUUUUGGUGUAAGUGCCAGCCACACUGUUAUUGGGUAGGUAGGUAUUUGAGUGUAGAUAUUUUAGGAUGAGAGAGCUGGGGUAAGUCUGGAGAUGACAAUGCAGUUGGAAAUAUUUUGCAAGACAUGAACUCUACCAUUGAGCUCUCUUAUCAGGCACUUGGAUGAGCAAUAUUUUGAAAGGAAUUCUUAGAGUUUGUAAAACAAAAGAAAAAGAAAAAUAAUUUUUUUUAAUUUUAUUUUUGCCUCUAGGGUUAUCGCUGGGGCUUGGCGCCAGCACUAUGAAUCCACUUGCUCCUGGUGGCCAUUUUUUCCAUUUAUUGGAUUAGGAUAGAGUGUAAAAGAAAAAUAAUCUUUUUGGGGGGUCCUAUCAAAAAAUGAAUGACGUCGACAACAACAAUAAUAACCACAACAAGGCUACAACAAGGGCAACAAAGGGGGGGGGGUGGCCUCCAGGAGCAGUGGAUUCAUGAGUGUAGGCACUGAGUCCCAGCAAUAACUCUGGAGGCAAAAAAAAAAAAUCUUCUUUUACCAUAUUUGAAUUAUUUCCACCUUCUUAAAUGGUCAUUAAUUUUCACCUGGAAUUAUAGGAGAAGCUGUCCCUUUUGUUAUUGCUGCCUUGUUGGCAUCUUUGAUAGCUUUGUGAUAGGAAGCAUUCUAUUUGUAAAGAAACUCUUGAGAGACUUUCACUGGUCAAAAAUACUAUCAUAUUAGCUGUGAUAUUUGAUUAAAACUGAAGAAAACCUAUAGUUUUUCUCAGUGCUUGAAACCUUUUAUACCUUCAGAAAAUGGGACUCAGUAAGAGCUAUCAUUUCCAUGAAUAAAAUUUGCUAGUCAUCAACAUUACCCAUUCUAGGAUUAAUGACAUGGUAAAGAAGUUACCAAUGAAAAUUUUAAAAGGAAGAUAUAUAUGAAUACUUGCCUACACCCACGUCUGUGCAUUUUUACCACAAAUGGUUUCAGUGUUGAUUUAUAUGUCCAAGAUCAUUUCUGUCUACAUAAUGGAAAAAUUGUCUAGAGUAAUAAUAACAAUUUGGUUACCUAGCUUAGAAGAAGUUCACUUGAUGAACAUUUAUUUAUAUUCCCUAGAUUCUUUUAAAAAAAAAAAGCUUUUAUAGCAUUUAAUCAGGUAAAGAAAAUUCAAAAGUAUAAAAGUAAUUAUUUUAGCUUAUUAUGUAUUUUCUAUUAAAGAAGAAAAAAUCAAAUAGGGAUCCUAAAAGUAGAUUCACUACAGUAAAAUAAAACUUUUUAUUCCAAAUGGUAGAAGGAAGGCACAAGGAGAGACUGCACUUACUUGAUCACACAGUAUAUUAUAAGAUGGUUUCAAAUUAGACCACCAACGUUUAUAGUUACAUUGGUCUUUUUGAAAGGUGCUAGGCUUGAACCCUUAGGCUUUUAUUUUGGACAGGUUUUAAUGUUGAUGAAUGCUAAUUUUUGGUUUGUCUCUUUGGGGGAGAGAAUUGAGGACUUAAGUAGAAAUAGUUAACUGGCUAAAGGCUUUGUAGUAGCAGUUCACACUCCAUGGUACCUUUUAAAAAUUUCCAGGUACCUUUUCACAAAGUAUUACAAAUAAGCUUGUCUGUCCCCUUUUGGGAAUGCAAUCGAGCCAUGCUUUUAGCCUGACAAUACUUGCAUAAGUAUUGCCUUAUUGGAAAUCCUGGAAAUUUUUGAUAUUUUGACCUGAAAUGUAGGAUGUUUAUAUGGCAUUUAAAGGUUAACGGUGAUGUUUGUUAACUCUCUACUUUGCACUUUGUCAGAGUAAUUUUCACCCUGUUUUAAGUGUGAGUAAGUCUCUCUUUAAAAUUAUGUUCUUGCCAGAAAUUUUUAAAUUACAUGUAAAGACAACAUUUGUUGUUAACAGUUAACUUUAUGAGGUAACUAUAUUCCUCUGUGUCUCUAGACUCACUUUUAAAAAUAUAUUUUUAAAGAAUACUGUGUACUGUUUAACACAGUAGUUUAUGAAAGAAGUGAAGAGUUUUCUUCCUUAAGUUAAUAUUGGAUACCAUUCACCUCACAAAGAGGUGUUCCCUAUUCCUGUCCCCAUUGCUAGGUAAUAAAUGAAAGGCUUAAUGGGGGGGAGGGGGUGAUAUCUAAAGCAAGGAGCUUUUAAUCUUAGGUAUGUAUGUCUGUCUGCAGAACUCCCGAAGCCAGCUGCACUAUAAGGUUCUUUUACUGUUAUUGGAUUAAGUGUAAACUUAGUUUUUGUUACUUACUCUUUUGCUUACUUUUUUGAAUUAUCAUUUAUGCAGCAAGGUGAGUGUUAGUAUUGCAUGAUAUGCAUUUAUCUUGUUCCACAAAUUUUCCAGUACUGUACAAGAGUAUCAAAAUAAUGCCUGUGGUACCCUCCCUUCUCACUUUCAUACACUAUGAUCUUAGCACAGUAGAGUACUGCAGAGACCUUCCAAGUGUUCCCCCUGACUUACUCUUUUGGGCUCUUUGUACUCUUAUUUAUUUGUUUUUAUCAUUGGCCAGUCCUUGGACUGUUUUAUUCUUCUUUCCAUAAACCAUGUCCCAGUAUUAGAUUAUUACAAAGAACUUUAUCUAAAGCUAACAUAUAAUUCUGCCUUCUUUACUCUUCACUGAGGAAAAUGAUCUGUGUAGCCACCCAGCUAUCUCCCUCACAACCACUCCUUUCUUAAAUAUUGGGACAAGGGGGGUGGGGUGGGGCACUUCUCAUGAGAUGUUUUGUUAGUGUGGCAGAUAUCUAAAUGCAAACCUUAUUCCCCUUGAGCCAGCUAAUGGGGAAGAAUAGGAUAAUGCAAACAUGUUUUGUCUUCUCAUCUUAAUAUUCUAAGUUUUUUUUUUUUGUAGUGUCAGCUAAGUGCCCAUCAUUUAUAUUUAAAUGCUGUCUUUAUAAAUGUUUUGUUUGUAAAUAAGGUAACUGGGCAAUCAAGCACCUCUUGGGAAUCCUGGCUUUAGUAUUUUAUCAACCAUCUCAAAAUUAAACACAAAAAUAAAUUCUUUGUAGGAAACUUGCAUCCUGAUUUUCCCUUAUUGCAUUGAAAGUGUAAAUAAUAUGACAAAAUAAGACCUAAUGUCUAAUAUAAAGUGGGCUAUAUAGCAAGUUGCCCUAUUUUUAUUAGGUUUUUGAAAGUCUUUGUGUUAUUUUUGUUGUUGUUUUCUUUUCUAAAUGUAUAAUAGUGAUGUCUGUAUAAGUGUUAACUGUAGUGGGAUUUUGUCCAACAAGCCUGAAAUUUAUACUUUGAAAUAAACUACUGGAUUUGUAACAA